GCAAAGGGUCACGUAUAUUUGGCGCUCUACUACUCUGGCGCGUUUUUUGGAACACUGGUCAGGGAAUGAUGUGUUUUUGACUUAAAAGCUUUGUCUUUUUAGAAAAGACAAAUUUAGCACUUACACUUCGCCAUCCUACUUCCGAGAUCAAAACAAGCAGGAUGUGCUGACAUGUUUAAGAAAAUUAUGAGCGGCAAAGUUGGAGGUAUUUGAAUCCAGCGUUGCUAGCUGGCUGUUUACCAGCGUACAUUGGAGUUAAUGUAAGCAACAAACAAAUGUCGGUCUCUGGUUGUGGACGUCGAGACAGGACUGUAAACUGGAAACGAGGUCGGAAUAAAUUCUGAAGCAAUAGCGUUUUCGGUCCCUAUAAAAUAUGGCUGGUGUUGUGGCAAUGGCAUCUACUAUAGAAGACUUUGACACACAGCCUUGCAAGAAAUCUAGCAAAGAUGGUGGCAGUCCUGUUGUCAAGACAAUCACCAGCUACUUCUCUCCUAUAGCAAAAGCUGUGGAGAAACCGUUCUCCCCUCCUCGCUCCAGUAACAUCAUGGACUAUUUUAACCGGGGUCCUUUGAACUCCAAAGUGAAGACCAGCCCAUUAGAACACCCUAAAGAGACUGGUCAGAGCUCUGCAGAAAGAGACAUUAACCCUGACGUAGCAGUGAAGCAACCAACUCUCAAACGGAGGAGAACAGCACCUAAAUCUUCUAAGAAACGUCUGGAUCUUAACAUUGACGUCUCGGGUGACAAGGAUAGCGGCCUUGUUGUCGAAGGAGCAUAUGGAAAUACAAAGUUGGCGACAGGUUCCCAAAAUAUUAGUGCUGUUUUUGGCAGUGAUUCCGCUGCUUUGCUAGCCCAGAUUAGUGCAGAUCCUUUUAUCUCUAAUCAAUUAAUAGAGCGUAGCAAUAUUCAGCCUGUUGAACAAACUCAAAAAGAUGAACCUUGCAAAGGUGGUUCUAAAUGUGGGAACGAUACCUCAUCUGAACUAGAUUUAUCAACAAGUAGUUUCUCAUCUCCAGUUACACCUGUAAAGGACAAAGUGAAAGCAGUCAAGAAAAAAGUUGCACGCAAUUCACGGGUGAAUAAACAAAAGGAGGAAAACAAUCCUGAAUCUGAGCAGAAAUGUGUGGAAAAUAUCAGAAGAGAAGCCAAUGUGAAUGAAGGCUCUGAAUUGAAGAGCAACACGGUCAGGAUUUCCUUUGAGGAUUUUUUGCGCAGUCAGAGUAAGGAAGAAAAGAGUAUUGUGCAGUGUGACGGCACCAAGAUUGCUCAAGACACUAACAAAAUGGACACUCACCAAUUUGACACUUCGACAUCUAAUGGAAAUGUUGCAUCAACAGAGCUCGCGGUCCAAAUCUCCCCUCGAACCAUCACCAUUCAGGCUCAAAUGCACACUAUCUCACCAAACCAGGAAGCAAAAAAACCUGAGGGAAGGAGAGCUUUACUAAACAACAGGAGAAAAGGUGCAAGAAGCGCAGCAAAAAAAGUGCCGUAUUCACACACAGAGCCUGUAACGACCAAGUGGAAAUCCAAUGUGGUUCUUGAAGAGGAAGAACUUGACCUGGCUGUGCUUGAGAGUGAAUCCACACCCAAGUGUCCUGACAUAGAGAGGAGACAGUUCAUGGCGGCCUUCAAACAACCUGGCCUGGAUGGAUCUAAGGCAAAGAUGGGCAAAAAUCAGGCCAAACGUAAGCAAUCUGUAGAGAUUGAUGUAGAAGAAAAUGACCUGCAGGAAAAUAAAAUUGUAACAAAAGCAAAAUCACAGAGAAAAUGCAGAAAGGCAGCAAAUACAGUCACCGCCUCAUCUAAGUCACCGGUUGUAGCCUCGCCUGUUCAUUCUGAUGACAUCCGAGAGCAGCCGAACGCUUCCUUAAAUCCCUCCAACACAGCUUUGAGAAGGUCCAGAAGAGAGGCUGUCUUUAGACAAACCCCCAAAGUUUCUGAAACAUCACCUGUCAGGAACAGACGGAAUCUGGAUUGCAAUAAUGAUUCUGCAAAAACCUCUGUUAAGUUAUCACACCGUAAAAUACGCAAGUCAAAAUAUGGAGUGUACAAAGCAAAGAUAGUCUGUCCACCUGAUGAGAAAGAGAGUCCCAUCAGGAUAAAAUUGAGAAGAGUUCAUCAAAAUGUAUCUGAAGGGGGCAAAAAUUCUUCUUUGGCUUCUAAUGCAUCAGAUAAUGCUAAAAAACAAAAUAAGGCAAAAAAGCUGGUGGAGAAAGCUAAAGCUGUUCAACAAAUUAAGAGAGAUGCCAUUGAGAACAAAAGAACAUUGAGGCGUUCAUCAAGGACCGAGGCUUCCAUCUCAAAGAGUUAUUGUGAAGAUGAGAACUCUGUUUUCUGCCUGGACGACGACCUGACUGUUUCUCCUCAGAAGGUACCGCAAAAAAGUAAGACUAAGAAGUCUCUCCGCAAUCUAAAUGAUGUGCUGGGGAAAGUCACCAAAGCUCCUCCAGACUCCAAGUGUAUCCAGGAGAAGAAUGCUCGCAAGGCAUCUGCUGUCAUUUCUAUCUUUGAUGAGAGCAGCCAGCAGAGCUCUGAGAACUCCCAAGAUGAUGAGCAGUUCAGGGCUCGCAGAGAGUUUCUAAAGAGUGGCCUACCGGAGUCAUUCAAGAAACAAAUAGCCAAGGCUGCUGCCACCAAGGAGACAUACACCCUUUCCUGUUCCUCUUUCCAACCAGUUAUACACACGAUGCAAAUUCCAAAUGGUUGUGCUCUAUGGAGUCUACCCUGGCCCCAGUCUCCUCAACUGUGCUCUCUCAAAGAGCUUCGCAUUCCAGUGCCUGAUAUCCCACUACAUCUUAAAGGUCCCCUAUGCUUAAAGACAAAACCUGAACGUGGAGUGUUUUGUGAGCGUAGUUCUGGUUGGAGGCUUGAGAUGUCUGAAAAAGUGCGUCAGCUUCUGGUGGAGGAGGUCUGCACUUCAAACCCUCUCUUCCUCGGUGAGACGUUUAUGUCUCGCUUGAUGGCCAGACGUGCUGAUAAUGAGCAACAACACUCAGAGCCUGUAAGGAAGCUGUUGUCUCCUGAGCCAGUAGGAGGAAAGAGGAAGAGAAUGGAUGAUAAAGUGGCAAAGAUGGCUAAGAAACAGCGUGCCGCCCAUCACGAAGGAAACAUUUUCAACCUCGAGCCAGAGGCCUCAAGCAGGACACGCCGCAAAAGACAAACCCAGAGAUCCAGACUGGAUAAGGCUAAGGACAAGUCUUUACAUGGAACAGAUGAUGAUGUUGUUGUACUUGACGACUUGUGUGAGGACACCGAGAAGAAAGUUGAGGCAAAUGAGGAUGUGUUGUGGACGGAAAAAUAUCAGCCUCAGCACUCCAGUGACAUCAUUGGCAACACAACAUCAGUGCGGCAGCUGCAUAGUUGGCUUAAGGAAUGGAAGCUCCGUGCAGACAGGGAGGAGAGAAGUAAGCAGAGAGUUAAGGAACAAGAAGGCAGCAACGACUCUGAUUGGGACUGUGGAGAUGAGGACUGUCUGUCUACGGAGGAUUUGCUGUGCAAUACAGUCCUGAUUACAGGACCAACGGGAAUAGGAAAGACUGCCACAGUCUAUGCUUGUGCUCAAGAGUUGGGCUUUAAGGUGUUUGAGGUGAACGCUUCAUCCCAACGGAGUGGCCGUCUAAUUUUGUCCCAGCUGAAGGAGGCCACUCAGUCACACCAAGUGGACAACAAAGGAGUCAAUGCCAACAAGCCGAUAUACUUUAACAGCCACGGUACAAAUACCUGCACUGUCAAGCCAGAAUCAUCUCCAAGGAAGCUGAAUUCUCCUCGCAAGGUUGUCUCAUCUCCGAGGAAACCUCCCAACUCCCCAAGAGGUGCUAAACGAGUAGGCUUGGCUCCAACAUCUCUAGCCAACUUUUUCAAAAUAGGCCGACCUAGCAAUAAGGAACCGCUGAGCACUAAGCAGGAUGACCAAAAGGCUUCUAAGAAAUCAAAAGCACAGGAGGACACUAGGAAAGAAAAAGCCACAGUCAACUCACCCAAGCCCUCUGCACCAAAGGAGAGGGACGAGCAGAGUAAGAAGACUGCUACCUCGCUCAUUUUAUUUGAAGAAGUAGAUGUCAUUUUUGAAGAAGAUUCUGGCUUUCUUGCUGCCAUCAAGACAUUCAUGAGUACGACAAAAAGACCAGUCAUCCUCACCACCAGUGAUCCUACAUUCAGCACUGUGUUUGAUGGCAACUUUGAAGAGAUAUAUUUCAAAAAACCCUCUUUGUUGGACGUGAGUAGCUACCUGCGCCUGUUGUGUCUGGCUGAGGACACCAGGACAGAUCAGCGUGAUGUUAGCACACUGCUCGAACUUAAUGACUGUGACAUCAGGCAGAGCUUGUUGCAGCUGCAAUUUUGGACUCGUAGUGCAGGGGGGCGCCACGUAACAUUACCCUCUGGGGACAUAAACCCAAAUGGAAAUGAAGUGAAGCCAGAGACUAUUGGGGAAGCAUCAGGCACGAGUUCACCGACUGUAACAUCACCUUGGCCUCCAUGUGAAAGCGGCUGUACUGAAAGUCUGCUCGGUCUUCUGAAUAUUGAACCUGCGAGAGACGUUUGGGAGCUGCUUCGGAGUCAGACACAUGAGAUGGCUUGCUGGGAGUUGCUGAUGGACAGCACUCGACGAGGAGUUAACUUACUCUAUUCCAACAUGGAGACCCUCUUACCAUUACCACGAAGACAGUUAUUCCCAACUUACAAAUUGGAGCCCCCCUCUGUGAGCUCUCCUACUUGCCUGCAGUUGGACCCACUGCCUUCCCAUUCAAGACAGCUGCACUCAUCUGAGUCAGUAGAGUGCUCAGAUGAUGGGAGUCCUGUUAAGGUAUCCCACAGGAUGAAGAAGAAAAAGAAAAGACACUGGCUAUCUAACCAAGAUGGGCAGCAGUCGGACUCUGACUCGGAGGAGCAUUUCCUCUCUCUCAGCAAGCAGCAGGAGCCACCUCAAGCCAAAGAAGAAUCCACUGAAAUGUUAGUUCCACAAAUGGAAAAAAGGAAACCGCCGACUCCUUCUGAUCGUCUAAAGAGUAUCCCUGUUUCUAAGUGUCUAGAAUCAAUAAGUGACUUUUUUGACACUAUGUCUGACAUAGACUCCUUACUUGUUCAUCACGGUAGUGAUGCUCAGAGAGGUCACCUGCAAGAUUCAGUCAGUGCAACACCAAAGGACGGUAUGACUGAUGAGUCCAAAGUUGAGUCGAACACGUUAAGCUGUGUGAUGGGCCAGCGUGUGUUGGAGAUCCAAAGCGUGGUAGAGGCGCUAAGCUUCCACAAGUGUCGGCUCACUGUAACAGAGGCCUUGGCCCGAGCUCAACAGCUUGAGAGGAAGCUGGCGGAUAAUGCUGUGGAAGAACUCACCCUCCCUGUGGCCUCCCAUUGUGAAAGUUACAGCUUCACUCAGAGCAGCCUCUGUCGACCCCAGAUGGUGCAACAGAGGAGAGACCUUAUGGAGAGUGUGGUGUGCAGAGGACCAUUUAGCACUCUUUGCAACAGAUCUGCGGCUGCUGUGGACUACUUGCCAGUUCUGCGAACCAUCUGCAGGUCAGAGCAAAUUAAAGAACAAGGCAAAGUGAAACGAAGGUUUUUGCACUACCUAGACUCCAUCCAUCUGGGUCUUCACAAGAAUACUCUCCAACACCUUUCCGCAGACUUUCCAUAAUCCUAAAGGAUUUUCUUUUCACAAUUAAGGGUUCUAGGCGAACAAAGUAAAAUUAGGCAACUAUUUUGCAGAAUGUGUUGUUUGUUGGGGUCAAAGCUAAUUACAUUUAUUAGUCUACCUGGUGACACAAGGUGACGAAUCACUUUUUGUAUUAGGUAACUCACUUAACGUAAUUGUGUUUAGUAAACUCCCUAACAUGUGCUUCCUCAGAUGGAAAUGAGUGACUCACUGCCCACAAGUUUUCCUGGCAUUACCUGUUUCACAUGUAAAGUUGCACUCAACACAUUUUCAAGUGACAUUGACUGUGUUUUCUUUUGUACAUAUAUGUAUUUUAUACUCUGCAUUAAUAAUACAGCAUAUUCUUUGCAUUUAAUUUUUUUCUAGUUAUAGCAAUUGUUUUUUGGCAAGUAUGGCUCUGAAAACAAUUGCAUGAGUUUCAAUGUGAAAAAUAGAACUCUGUAAACGCUUUGUAAAAAUUGCAACUAGCCACUUAAUGUGUUAAAUGUCUUAAUUUUAUGCUAGUUUUAAAUUUCACAUAAUCAGUUUUUCAAAGAUUAUUUUCCUCUGCCUUAAAUUUAUACACUUAC